AUGGCUAUUGGAGGUUCAGUUUUAAGUUGCUUCUGUUUAUUCCCUUUCUCUGUGUCCCGAAAGGACAAAAGCCAAAGCAGUGGCAGAAGUUCUAGUUUUAGACUAUCAAAUUCAGAAGAAGUUGAUAGGAUUAGUUCUCUGCCAGAUGAAGUUAUUUGCCAUAUCCUUUCAUUCAUCCCAACCAAGGAGGUCGUUACAACCAGUGUUUUGUCCACCAGGUGGAGAACACUUUGGACUUCAGUCCUUGCUCUUGAUUUUGAGGAUAAUUGGCCUUGUUUCUUCAACACAAACUUUGCUUCAAUUGUUGGAAGUAUCUUAGAUCAACGCAGAGCAAAAAGCAUCAACAGACUUUGUAUCCAUAACCAUAACAAAUCCUUCAGCAUUGAGUUGAUUGGCACAUUGGUUUCCACAGCUGUGGCCCAAAACCUUCAGGAGCUGGACCUCUUUUGCUAUUAUUAUUUGGAGGUUACUUUGCCAAACAUACUUUUCACUUGCAAAACCAUCUCAAUUUUGAAGUUAUCAUUCGGCUCAACAAUCAAUCUAAAUGGCGUUUCAUCCAUUCACCUUCCUUCGCUCAAGGUCUUGCAUCUUUAUCUGCUUUACCUUGCAGAUGAUGAACCUGUAAUGAGGUUUUUCUCUGGGUGCCCAAUUCUUGAAGAACUUUGUUAUGAGGAAGUGAAGUCUAAUAAUUCAACCUCUUUUAAAAUCUGCAUGCCUUUGCUGAAAAAGUUACAUCUUAAGUGUCAUGAUAAAAGAGUGCAGAUAGUCACCCCUUCUCUUGAAUACCUUCAAGUGCAAGAAACUAAAGUGUGUGACACUUUGGUCUGUAACCUGCCUAACUUGAUAAAAACACAUGUUGAUAUCUACUUUGACAAGUGUGAACAAGAAUAUGUGUCAAAGCUUUUCAAUGGAAUUCAUCACACAAAUUUUUUGGAGUUGUCUACUUAUACAACGGAGGUUCUUGCUGAUUCCAGCUUUGGAUUUCCAGAAUUUCACAAUUUGGUUCAUCUAAAGCUUUGUCUGAGCACUAUUGACUAUUGUUUUCUGAUACAACUGAUGCUUACAAAAUGUCCCAAGCUUCAAAUUCUUGACAUUGACAAGGUUUACGAAGAAAGUGCUGAAAGAAAGAGGACACUGCCAACAACACCAGUUCCUAAAUUGUCUUAG